UUGGCAGCCUCUGUGAUCUGAUUGGUCCACACUUGUGGGCGUGGCUUAGUUUGAGGCAGCAGGCUGUAGUUGUCAGAUAUGAAGCGCAGUGACAGAAUGGUCUGGCGCUGCUGGGAACGUAAUGAGCCACAAAAUCCAAAAAGAGGGAAUAGCUUUGGGUUUUAGACGGGGCAGCUUGAUAUUUUAAUAAGCGGCAUUGAGUUACAAUGUCAACGUCGUGCCUCUGUUUUUACUCAAGCUAAAGAAGAAAAGAAGAAGUGGACUUCUGCAGCGUCUUAAAAUGAUCCGGACAGGUGUGCUGGCAAGUUAAUUACAAAAGCCGCAUUUGUUGUGGCGUCGCAUUAAAAAAAAAACUUGACACCAUGGAGCAGCAGCAGGUCUCGGUGUCUGGAAGCGGUAGAAGUCCGUCUUCUUCUUCCUCCAGUUCCAACGUCGUGUCCGAGGGAGAAGAGACGACGCCUGGUGUGGAGAUUAAAGUUAAUGGCGAUACUAUACAAAACCUGGACUGUGGAAGGGGCAAAACAGCUGGAGACGGUGGACACCCAGGCUAUGACAGGGAGGCACCAGAGAAUGACGAUAAUGAUGAAGAUGAUCAGAAGGAGGAAGACGAUAUGUUGGACAACAUCCUCUACCCACCUCUUAUACUCCUGAGAAAGUCCAGUAUUUCUGAGCUAACCCAGGGAUUAAGCUCCGCUCUCAAAUUCAAAUGGCAUCUCAGCGAUGAUGGAAAACAGCUUCGUAGAAGAAGCCUUGGUGGUGGUUUGACAGGAAAGUACCUGUCGCUGCCCCCCAGCCUUCAGCAGAUGCAGACAAUGCUGCAGCCGUCAUCUGAGACCUCUAACCUGUUCCGCAUGCGAUCCCUGAACCUUGGAAAGUCAGACCCUUCACUCACCUCUAGUGCGAAGGAGCUGAGUCUUCCCAGAAGAGGCAGUUUCCUCACUCCCCGAAGCUUGAGCCCCACUCCCACUAGCCCCUGCAGUCCCUGCAGCCCACUACACGCGUUUCAUUUCUGGAGCUGUCGUACAAGCAACAGAAAAAGCCUGAUCGGAAGCGGUCAGUCAUCGGGUUUACCACGACCCCACUCUCCGCUCUCUUCUCUUACAGGAACAAGCCCACAAGACAGCCCAAGAAAUUUCUCCCCCAGUGCCUCUGCUCAUUUCUCUUUUGCACGAAGGACUGAUGGACGCCGCUGGUCCCUGGCAUCCUUGCCCUCCUCUGGAUAUGGAACCAACACGCCCAGCUCCACAGUCUCUUCAUCCUGUUCAUCACAGGAGAAGCUGCACCAGCUGCCCUUCCAGCCUACGCCUGAUGAACUGCACUUCCUCUCCAAGCACUUCUGCACUGAGAGUAUCUCCGGGGAUGAAUGCCGCAGAACGACGACCAUGCGACCCCGCUCACGCAGUCUCAGCCCUGGAAGAUCUCCAUCUUGUUAUGACCAUGAGAUCAUCAUGAUGAAUCACGUCUACAAGGAGCGGUUUCCCAAGGCCACCGCUCAGAUGGAGGAAAAGAUUCAGGAAAUCAUCCGCAGCAACUCUCCGGAGAGCGUCCUCCCUCUGGCAGAUGGCGUGCUUGGCUUUGCACACCACCAGAUAAUAGAACUAGCCCGGGACUGUCUGGAAAAGAGCCGUCUUGGUCUCAUCACUUCUAGCUACUUUUGCGAAUUCACUGACAAGCUAGAGAAACUAGUUCAAGAGUCCACAGAGAGGUCAGACAGUGAGGAGGUAGACUUCAUCAGAGAGCUGGUGAAGAAGAUCCUCAUUGUGAUAGCUCGGCCUGCUCGUUUGCUGGAAUGUCUGGAAUUUGACCCAGAGGAAUUUUACCACCUUCUGGAAGCAGCUGAAGGACACGCUAAAGAAGGCCAAGGCAUCAAAACAGACAUCCCUCGUUACAUCAUCAGUCAGCUGGGACUGACCCGAGAUCCUCUAGAAGAAAUUGCACAGCUGACAAGUAGUGACAGCGGCAUUGCAGAAACUCCAGAAACCGACGAUUCUUCUCAGAGUCUCGGCACCGUCUUGCGAUCCCGGAGGAAACCCUGUGAACUGGACUUCGAGAUGAUAAAACUCAUCAGCAACGGUGCCUAUGGAGCUGUUUAUUUGGUCCGGCACAAGGAAACCAAGCAGAGGUUUGCCAUGAAAAAGAUCAACAAGCAGAAUCUGAUGUUGAGGAAUCAGAUACAGCAGGCUUUUGUGGAAAGAGACAUCCUCACCUUUGCUGAGAACCCCUUUGUUGUGUCCAUGUACUGCUCCUUUGAGACGCGGCGACACCUGUGCAUGGUGAUGGAGUAUGUCGAAGGAGGAGACUGUGCCACCCUUUUGAAAAACAUGGGUCCCUUGCCGGUGGAUAUGGCCAGAAUGUAUUUUGCAGAAACUGUUCUUGCUCUGGAAUAUCUUCACAACUACGGCAUUGUCCACAGGGAUCUCAAACCUGACAACUUGCUGGUGACUUCAAUGGGGCACAUCAAACUGACCGAUUUUGGCCUCUCUAAAGUUGGUCUGAUGAACAUGACCACUAACCUGUAUGAGGGACACAUAGAGAAAGAUGCCAGGGAGUUCUCAGAUAAGCAGGUAUGUGGAACCCCAGAGUACAUUGCUCCAGAAGUGAUCCUGAGGCAAGGCUAUGGGAAGCCAGUGGACUGGUGGGCGAUGGGCAUCAUCCUCUAUGAGUUCCUUGUGGGCUGUGUGCCUUUUUUUGGAGACACGCCAGAGGAGCUUUUUGGACAGGUCAUAAGCGAUGAGAUCAACUGGCCUGAUGGUGAGGAUGCUCCACCUCCUGAUUCUCAGGAGCUUAUCACCCUGCUGCUGAGACAGAAUCCUCUAGAAAGGAUGGGUGCAGGAGGAGCAUCUGAAGUGAAGCAACAUCAGUUUUUUCACAACCUGGACUGGAAUGGCCUGCUGAGACAGAAGGCUGAGUUUAUUCCUCAGCUGGAGUCUGAAGAUGACACAAGCUACUUCGACACUCGCUCUGAGAGAUACCAUCACCUGGAGACCGAGGAAGAGGACACAAAUGAGGAAGACUUCAAUGUGGAGAUGCGGCAGUUCUCCUCCUGCUCUCACAGAUUCUCUAAGGUCUACAGCAGCUUGGAUUUGUCCCGAGGGCAUCUGGAGGAAAAGGGAGAGACAGAGGAGAAGAAGAGUGAGAGCCCGCUGACUGUGGACUCUCUGAGCUGGACACCAGACUUUGCCGAAAUGCCCUCAUUGUCCCACUCAACAGACACAGACAGUACGAACCAGGUCCCUCGACCCACUUUACUUCCAAAGUUUGCUAUCUCCGCUGAGAGCGAAGGAGACGACACCUCAGGCCUCAGCGACCCCAGCAAGGUGUCCUUCUCUAUCGGAGAGCUGCCGCAGGAUGAGCCUGAUGUUGUCACUCCUGGGAGCUCUCACAGUGGAGCCACACUUUCUGGAAGCUUCUCAGAGCAUCUGGACCAGCUGACACCCAGAAGUGAGGAGGUAAAGAACCCUGAUGGUACCAGUCAUGCCUCCACAGAUCAGGGACCUCAGACCACCUCGCUGCGAACAGAAAUUGCUGCAGAGAAGACCAAACCUGUGGCUAAAGUCCCCAAAUCGGUAUCAACUGGAACUCUUUCCCUGAUGAUCCCUAGUGAUGUCUUUGGGGUGUCUCCACUAGCCAGCCCUCUUUCUCCUUACUCCCUCUCCUCGGACCCGUCCUCCAGAGACUCCUCUCCGAGCAGAGAUUCCUCCCUCUGUACCACGAAUUCACGGCAGCCCAUCGUUAUCCACAGCUCUGGGAAAAAGUUUGGCUUUACACUGAGGGCAAUCAGAGUGUACGCUUGUGACGGUGACAUGUACACUGUCUACCACAUGGUCUGGAAUGUCGAAGACGCCGGGCCAGCACAUAAAGCAGGACUCAAAGCUGGCGACCUGAUUACUCACGUUAAUGGAGAACCUGUUCAUGGGCUUGUUCACACUGAGGUGGUGGAGCUCCUGCUGAAGAGUGGAAGCAAAGUGGCCAUCUCGACCACUCCUUUUGAAAACACAUCAAUAAAAACUGGUCCAGCCAGGAGGAACAGCUACAAGAGCAAGAUGGUGAGAUGUGGAAAGAAGCCCAAAAAGGAGAAGACACCAGAAAGGCGGCGCUCCAUUUUCAAACGUUUCGCCAUGCAGCCUUCGCCUCUGCUUCACACAAGCCGCAGUUUCUCUUCCCUGAACCACUCUCUGUCAUCCGGUGAGAGUUUGCCUGGCUCUCCCACCCACAGUCUCUCCCCUCGCUCCCCCACCACUGCCCUACGAGCUGCACCAGAUUUCCCCCAGUCAGGUGGCAACUCUUCCCAGAGCAGCUCUCCCAGCUCCAGUGCUCCAAACUCCCCUGCAGGCUCAGGCCACAUUCGUCCCAGCACUCUACAUGGCCUCGGCCCCAAGCUGCCAGGUCAGAGGCUUCGACAGGGGCGCCGGAAGUCUGCCGGCAGCAUUCCCCUCUCUCCUUUGGCCCGCACACCUUCACCCACUCCGCAGCCGACAUCUCCUCAGCGCUCGCCCUCUCCGCUUCUUAGCGGACAUCCUGUAGCAAUUUCCAAGGCAACACAAUCUUUCCCAGCCAAAAUACACUCACCUCCAACAAUUGUGCGCCAUAUUGCUUGCCCUAAAACUGCUGAGCCGCCUCGUUCACCUCUGCUGAAGCGUGUCCAGUCUGAGGAGAAGCUGUCCCCAUCCUACGCAGGGGAGAAGAAGCACCUUUGCACCAGAAAACACAGCUUAGAAGUCACCCAGGAGGAGGUGCAGGAUGAGGAGCUAAGGGCUUCUGAGAGAGAUUACACUAUCUUGCAGAGUGUGGACGAAACAGCCAGUGAGCCGCUGCCCAUUAAUCGGCUGCGGCCUGUUGAGCAGGGCUGCUUAAAGAGACCCAUCAGUCGUAAGGUGGGCCGACAGGAGUCUGUGGAGGAGCUUGACAAAGAAAAACUGAAAUUCAAGAUGGUUGUUAAAAGGCAGGACUGGUCAGAGAGGAGGGAGUCUUUGCAGAAACAAGAUGCUCUGCUUGAAUCUGACUCAUCGCCCCUGUGUGGUGAUGAGAGGGAUGAAGGUUUUAUUUUUCCAAACCAGAACAAAACCCAGAGCAGCACAGAGUGUGGUCUGGAGAUCAAAGCUGCUAGCACAACGCUUAAAGAUGUCCUGUACAAAAAACUUUCCACACGAGUCUCUGAGGGCUUCACUGAAGCUUCCGGCAACUGCGAGAGUGAAGGAAGCACCCGAACAUCUACCUGCACUCCUCACACAGAGCGGCAGCACCCUCGGCAGGGCAAAGACGCCAUGAAGCUCGACAGAUUGGACUUUAAAGCUCCAAGCAUGGAGUUCACCAGGAAGAGGCUGUCAUUUGAAGACAGAGAGGACUGCAUGUGUCGGCUGUCGUCUGGCCUCCAUGAGAACCUCCAUUUUGGCUCCAUGAGGUCCAAGAGCCUCCAGCUGGACACAGUCAUGUCUCAUGACCACAUAAAGGGCAGCAUUCACUCAAACCCUGAAGGUCUGGUCUCUAAACUUUACUCAGGGAGGGAGGGGAGUGCUGUGGAGAAACUCCAGCUCAUUUCUUCUUCUGAGUCUCCACUGAGAAAGACCUCAUCUGAGUACAAACUCGAAGGACGACACGUCUCCUCGCUUAAACCUCUGGAGGGGACCCUGGACAUUGCUCUGCUUUCAGGACCAAGGGUUUCCAAAACCGAGAACUGUCUCUCCAAGAUGACAGACCACACAAGCGACACUCUUUCCGUGAGUCCAUCAGUACGGCUCAAAAGUCCAACUGAAAGACAGAUUACCAUCCCCCAACUGAAAGCUGAUAAAAUGAAAACCACUCUGACCUGUUUACCAAGCAAUGAAGCUGUUUCACCUGUAACCAGCGGAGUUGCCUCCAAAGGGCAGCCAAAUACGGCAGCAGCAGACAUUAAAAUCAGUUCAAGCAGUGAGAAGACACUGGACAGACACAGAGACUCAUUUAAGGCUUCAGGAGUCAAACAAGACAGCCGUGCCAGUGUAAAGGCCUCGUCCUCUUUAGCUCAUGACCAUAGAGGCUCCCGACACACCUCCCACUUCUCCUCCAGCGGGAAAACCCCCUCCAUACGGGAAGUAAGCAACGAAGAUCAGGAGGAUGAAGCGGAGCAAGAGGAAGUUUUACCAAACACUACAUCACAAAAUGAAACAGUGGCAUCUUUGAGUUCAGCAAAGCUGGUGGUAAACAUCAAAGCUCCUGCACAUGUAGAGAUAGAUCAUACUCGAAAACCACUAAGGCAGAGCACAGACUCUGGCUUGGAUACAGGUCAGCAUCAGAGUGCUGAGAAAACGAUAUUUGCUGUAAGCUGUGUGCCUGACUGGCCUGUACAAAACGUCUCCACUUCUAAACCCAAUCUAGAGAAUGUGCUUUCUAAGCAGCAACCCCUCAACAUCUGUUCCUCAGACAAACAGACAAGAGUUUCUGUCACAACAUCAGCAUUAUCUACUGAGCAUGAUAAUAAAUCCAGCUGUUUAAAUUCUGAAGUCGCUUGUGAAACAUCUGCUGGUGACAAUGUUGCACUGCCAAGCAGAGGAACGGACCGAGCAAUCAAUACCUCUGCCUCCAAAUCAGCAAAAAACACAGACGUUUGUGCUGUAAAUGCAGACACUUCCUUAACUCCUCCAACAAAAGAGAAAACAAAUAUGAACAAAAAAGGUAACUCUGUCUCUGCCGGUGACUCACAGGACAUGUUCUUGAUGAAAGAAGUUCCUAUAAUUUUAUCAAAGAACUUGGUUUGUUUAAAAGAUAUUGGGCAGCCCGCUAAACACUGUCCAGCUGAAAAAGCACAGCACAAACCAUCUGAUUCAGAGUUUAUGAAGAGAGUGAAGGAAAACACUGUGAUCCAGUCUCCAAAACUUAAGGUUUCAGCUCCAAAUGAGAGUGCUUCAAGUCCUAAAGGUAAGUCAAGGCCUGAACCACAACCUGCAGGUCCCACAUCUGUGAAGGAUUCAAAUCCAGCUGAAGGAAAGUCUCAUGGCACAACUCCAGUCCCAGCGUUUAAAGGAAGUCCAAGCUCAAAAUACCCUAAAGAUUCUGCAGCCACUACUAAAAACGUUCAAGCAACCAAAUACACGAAACAUGGAGAGGUUUCAAUGUUGUCCAUCGAGUGCAGCAUAAAGCAAGAAGAACCAGCUCAGCCAAUGCAGUCACCCAAGCAAAAGAUGACUCAGCCCAACAGUUCUGUUACCAUAAAAGACAGCACAGACUCGAAGCCAAAACCUCUCCCUCCAAAAACCACAUCAUCAUCUCUGCAUAUCAAACAUAAUCUAGAUGCAAAACCAAAAGAUUGCUCACCCAGAAACCAAGUUCAUCCUGAUUAUAAACCAAAAGAUGUCAUCUUGCUUCUGCCUUCACCUCAGCCUCGGCAGCUCAGAAAGGAGCAGCCUACUGAGGUUAUCCCUCCUGCCAGUCCUCCACCGGUUCAGCCAAAGCCUGCAGUGAAAAAGGACAUAGACUUGUCGAGCCAAGAAGCCACCUUAGACAAGGUCAGCUGUGAGCCUGUGGUAAAGGCAUUUAAGGACAUAAUCAAACAGGACAAUCGCAAGCCGCCAGACACCCAAAACCCAACCGUUGACAAGCAGCCCUCAUCAAGCCGGAAGGAACAGGCUGAGAAGAAGAAAAAAGACACAGUUCAAGAGGUGACGUCUGCACAAAAAAACACAAAAACAGAUGCAUCCCGGGCCUCUCCCUUUGCACUCAAACACACUUCAGAUAAGGACAGUAGCAGGUGCAAGCAGCAGAAGGAGUCACCCCGUAACUCCAGUAACAAGAAGUAAAAACACAAAGAAAGUUCAAAUGAUUUCUGUCAGGAUCAUCAUGCCUUCUGUUUGAGUUUUAUUUGAGGACCGGCCAAGCUGUUACAUGCCGAUGUAGGUGUUGGUGUCUCUUAAUUUGCUGAUGACGUUGGUUUUUUUCUCUCAAGUCAAGUGAAUGUUUCAUGGUUUGUUUCUUUUCUACACCAAAGGCUUUGUGCAAUCAGUAUGUGAGAGGCUGUAAUGUCUUGAAGAUUUAGUGCCAUAAAAGAUUUUGAGUUGCACUUUUACUUGUGGACACGGAGAAGUUGAUGCCAAGGUCUUUUAAUGCAGUAGACCACAGGAUUUUACUAAGCAGUUAAGCUUGUUGAAUUAGUUUUUCCUGCAUGGUAUGAUCCAUUUGAUUCAUAAUUGUCGAUCAGGUGGUACACAGAGGGAAUACACCAUGUUCUGUGCUUGUUCAUCUAAAACUUUAAAGUACAGAAUCAUGUCCCGGUUCUUAGUAAAGGGGCCUUAGACAUAUGGCAAAUAAAACCUCUUGCUGUUCUUAGCAAGAGGUUUUAUUUGCAUUCCUUUGACAUCUGUACAUAUAGUUCUGAUUUGUAUGCAAUAUGGUGUAAAUAGGAUAUUGUAAUAUAGGAAAAACAUGGGCUCACACGAUUGUUUGUAUUAUAUGUAAAGAAUUUGCUGUAUCAUGUUUGUAUCGUCGAUAUGAAGACGUUCUGCUCUGUGGUCUAAAGUCUCAUCAAAAGCGCUCUCCUCUCUGACGUCUACCGUUUUUUCACGUUUCAAAAUUGACUUGAAGAGUGACAAAGUUUGAGGAGCUAACUGGGCUGUUUCUUAAAAUGUAGCACUACAAAAAAAAACUGUGAGGGCUAUCAGCGUUUCCUAGGAAUGUCUCUACUGUGAGUCGGCGUGUUUGCAGACUAACUGUAGUUUGAAAAAUGAUAAGCGAAUGUUCGAUUGAAGAAAUAAACAAGCACUUCUGCACACGUGCAGCUGAUUUAAAACGAUAUCCUUUAGGGGUUUUAAUGUUAGGGACUUCAGCUCAAUCCCACAAGGUAUAUGCCAUCUUAAAGGGUGGAUGUUCAAGUAUUUCACUGUCAGGGUGUCUGUGCUGUUUUCAGUCGACCUUUAGCCUUACAUGGGUAAAGAUGUAACAAAUAGGCUGUCAUGUAUCCUUAUUCAUUCUUAUUAUUGAUGCCUUUAAAUUACAACCCCUGUAUCACAAACUGAAGUUAGCUUAGGACAUUAUUCUUAGCAGUAUAUAAAAUCUCAUCUACUACUUGUAUAAAAACUAUAUACACAAAGUAUCUAAAUGUUUCACACUGUCUCCAACAAUUAUUGACUACAAGAAUGUUAUUGUGAACCAAUCAGAUGUUUUCCUGCAUUAGAUAUUGUAAAGGUAUUGUGAGAAACUCCACCUUAAUGUUUGAUCACUCAGUCAAUAAAUUAGGAGCUAAACGUAGAUCCAACACUUCAUUCUCCUCUAUUGAACCCCCCUUCUGUUUCCAUGGUGACAGACAUUUAAAAGCACAUUCAGUGUUUGUUUACAAAGCCUCAUGGAUGUAUAUUUUGUCAAAUAAUUUGCCAAAUCUGUAUUCUGUGUCUCUGAUAAUGUUGCUGAUAGCCAUGCCCCCCCCCCAGGAUAUUAUUUUGUGCAGUAAUCGGUGUUCUUUCAAGUUUUUCUCGUCUGCUUGUCUCUUCAAGUCCCUUAGUUUCUCUGUGCAGCACUGGUAUUAGGUGAACUCGCUCACUAUGGUUUGUCUUUUAGAAAAUGUGCAAUAAGUGUUUUGAGUUUUUGUAUUUUGCCCAAGAAAAGCUCUAUGGAUGUCAUAGAUGUUGUAUAUUAACAGAUAUUUAUACUUCUAAUGUUGCGUAAAACUGAAAAUAAAAUGAGAUUCUAAAUGAA